AUGGCCUCUGCCAAUCCGCCCAUCCGGCCAAUACUGGAGAGUGCACUCGAUGCCAUUGGGAACACACCUCUCAUAAAGCUUGACCGAAUUGCAGCAGAGGAGAGCCUAAAGUGCAACCUACCACCUUCCACUAUUUCACUCGCCAUAGUUGCUAAAGUCGAAUUUUUCAAUGCGGGUGGAUCCGUGAAGGACAGAAUAGCAAAGCGCAUGGUUGAGAAGGCAGAAGAAGAAGGGCGUCUCAUCCCUGGGCAAAGCGUGGUCAUAGAACCCACCAGCGGAAACACCGGCAUGUCUGUUGUGCUCGAUUAUAAUCCACGUCUCAAAUAA